GGGGUGGGGUAUUUACUAAUUAUUAACUCGUCCUGAUCUGAUUGAGAGGAUUUUGUUCAGUUUUGUCAGAGAAUAUUAUAAUUCCUGACAAAAUGUCUCCCAGGUGUCUUGUAUUUAUCCUUCUGUGGUAUCCCGCGGCUCUUGGUGCCCAAAGUGUGGGAGAGUCCUGUGGUGCUCCCCAAAUGGAUGGAGGUUUUUUAGUGCCUGAACAAGAAACCUAUUUGCAUGAAAGCAGCCUCACAUAUGCUUGCAUGGACGGGUGGAAACCAGCAGUGGACGGUUGGUGGGCCACCAGCGUGUGCCUGAACGCCUCAUGGUCUCACAGACCACAAUGUAUUGAUGAAAGCUGCUGCCUUCCUCCAAUGAUUCCCAAUGGAAAAUACACAGAGAGUAGUGAAGGCUGGUACAAGGAAGGAUGGGUACUUCAGAUCAAAUGUGAUGAAGGAUACCAACACACAACCCAGGAAGCAACAACCAUGUGUAGAAACGGAGCCUGGUCCUCCUUACCCGUUUGUGAGCGAAGUGGAAAUUCUUGCACGGUGCCACCUAAAAUCCCCCACGCUGUCAUCAUUCUUCAGAAGUACCAGGAGAUAUUUGCAGCAGAUUCUGAGGUCCAAUUUGAAUGUGAAGAGGGAUACGGUGUCCUGGGACCAGACACCAAGAAGUCCAUCUUUUGUUCUGCUGGAGCCUGGAGUGAAGCCCCGAAAUGCUCAAAAUCCCAAGUACAAGACGUUGGGCAUGAUGAAGACACAUCGGGUGGAGUGACAAAACCUGUUGAUCCAAACAGAGGACGCGGGCGUGGUACUCACACCGGUGGCUCCACAGUCACUGAAACAGGAUCUGCAACAACUUCCGACAAGACCGACAGCACUAGCACACCUCUGAUAGUUACAGUUGACAACUGCAGAGCGUACCCACGCAUGCCAAACGGCGAUGUCGUGAGAAAGAGUCCAAUGUUUAUCAAAUACGCUUGCAACGCUUUUUACAAAAGGGUUGGUCCUGAUACAGUGGUUUGCUACAACGAUGGUACCUGGUCAGAAGUACCAACAUGCAAAGAGGCCUUUUGUGAAGUUGACCUGGAUGAGUAUGCAAACUACCAUAUCAAAGAAUCUGGAACAAUAAUCCUAAAAGAAAGAGAGACCAGGGAUGUUCCGUGUGUGUGGCGGAACUGGAUCAGCCGUAUUCGGUGCACAAAGGGGAAAAUCAGUGUUAGCAGGUGUUGUCAUUACUUGGACUACUACUCCCAACUCUGCCACUAGUCCACGAUCCCCAAAAGAAGACAAAAAAUCAAUAAAUACAAAAAUGUCUUUAUUUUCUGAGAUGCGUCAAAUGAAAGCAAUUGUUUGAGCCAUGUAAAA